AUGCACGCCCUUACUACUCUCCUUACCGCCGCCGCGCUGGCGCCUGCGACCUUCGCCUGGGGUCCCGAGACCGUUACUGUCUGCCGCCGUGAGGACAUCAACCGCUUCUCCUGCACCGCCUCGUUGACCAACGCCCAGUGCGCCGACAAGGUCCUUGCUAUCGAGCAGGAGGUCUCCGGCGACUGGAAGAGCGAAGAGUUCCUCGAGGGCUGGUGCAGCAUCCCCUCGGAGCGCUGGUCCCGCCUUGAGCGAGCCAUUGACGAGACCUGUGGCGAUCAGAUUCGUGACGUCCUCAACGCCUACACGGCCGUCUGCUAUAACUGGCGAAGCAAGCAGAAGCCCUACGUUUGCGACAAGGCCAACCAGAGAACCCACACGGAGAAGGAGCUCGUCUUCUACGUCUGCGGCAGCGAUGUCACCACCUACACUCCCCCCGCGGCCACCAAGCCUGCUACUUCCAGCACGCAGGCUCCUAAGUCCUCUGCCCCGGUUGGUUCCAACAGCACCAUGCCUAUCCAAACUCCCCCUAUUGUUGUUAGUGGUGGAUCUGUCGCUGCUGGCAUUAACAUGGCUGCCGUUGCCCUUGGUGUAGCUGCCAUACUCUGAAGUGGCCUUGUCUCAAGAGGAUUAUAUUUAGAUUUUCGUAGUAGUCG